AGUUGACGUUAGGUCUAGUGAGCUGAAUGUCCAUCUUCGUGAGUGGCGGUGGUUUGGUCGGUGUUAGAUAUGUGUUAUUUCGCACAGCUCCGCCGUUAUCUCUGGCUAGUGUCUUUGACCACUUCUAUCGCCCUCGCCACUCUCAUCAGCUUUUCUGAACAAGAGGUAACUCAGAACUAUGAGAAUCAUGUUUUGCUUCCUCUACUGAAUUCCCUGACCAACAAGAAGGACUACCAGGGCCCCUCCAAGCCGGACAUCAGGUACCUGAAGUAUAUGAAGAGGCUGUACACGGUCUCGGCGACGCAAGAUGGGAUACCGAAGCGACUCACAGAACACCCGUAUAACACGGUUCGGUUACUCGCGCCGCGGGCUCUGGCCCGCUCCACACAAGAAGCAUUGGAGCAAGAUGUGCUGUACGGACUGAGUCCGGUCACGUCGAGGGAGCAGCUUCUACGCUCGGUGCUCCUGUAUUCGGACACCCAUUCUGCAUCCUUCCCCAUCUUGUGUUCCUGCAAUGUCACCGUGCGGGACCUCGACCCCACCUCGGACCAGAUGUGCCCCGACGCUCUCCGCACUCACACCUUCCACGUCCAAUUCGAGCGCAGGAAGAGGCACGCCUGGGUGGAGGUUGACUUGUCCUCCUUUCUCCAGCCCUAUCUGGUGCCCCAGCGGGGUGACCUCCACAUGGUCUUCAGCUACCUGUGCACCGGGGCUGGCCCGGCAGCGGCGACUCUGAAACCCAACCUUGUUCCACCCUCCCUGCUCCUCUUCCUCAACGACACCCGUGUCCGCCCUCGCCACUCCUGGCUCCCUCUCCACCUAGCCGGCCAGCCGAGGAAGGGCGUCCCCGGCGGGGGAGGUCUGUCGACUCGUCCCCGCCGCCGCCGCCGAGGACCCAAGGGCGAUGGGGAAGAAGAGGCGGACAACACCCUGGCUGCCCCUCGCCGUCUCCAGUACCACGACCAGGAGUGUCAGCUCCACGACUUCCGACUGUCCUUCAGCCAGCUCAGGUGGGACCGCUGGAUCAUCGCCCCCCACAACUACAACCCUCACUACUGCAAGGGCGGCUGCCCCAGGGCGCUGGGCCACCGCUACGGCUCCCCAGUCCACACCCUGGUCCAGAACAUCCUCUACGAGAAGGUGGACUCCACGGUCCCUCGCCCCUCCUGCGUCCCGUCCAAGUACAACCCGCUCAGCGUCCUCACGCUGGAGAGCGAUGGCUCCAUCGUUUACAAGGAGUACGAGGACAUGAUCGCCACCACAUGCACUUGCCGCUAGGGCUACGCGUCUUCAAUGGCUCUUUGCAUCUGAAGUUUGGGGCUGUCAAGAAAAAAAACAACCCAUUUUUCCUUGCAAAGUGAACUAUUGCGUGACCUAUUGAACUAUUUUUCUUUCUUUUAAAAAAAAAGUCUUGUUUAAUGAAAGUGUAAUGUCAAAUUCCCAGUUAAGUGUAUUUAUUUGAUUUUUUGUAUCCUAAAGUAUCCUAGUUUUUUUCUUGUCUGGGCGCAAUGAAGCUGUUUUUUUAAAUGUUUGUAUUCGCUGUGUCGAAUGCAGAGACCCAAGUGACUGUUGUUUUUUUUUCUUUCUUGGUAGAAUACGAGGUUUUGAACACAGAGCACCCACUUCCCAAAUUCUGUAACGUUUUUUUAAAAAAAAGGAAAGGAAAAUCACAUAUGAUAGCAAUUAAUUUUUUUAUUCGGGUGAGCUGCCGAUGUAAUAAUUCAAGAAUAUAAUUCAAUUAACGAAAACCCCGCUAGUACUGAGCUUCAACGAUAAGUAAACUGCAUCAUGAGCGCACUAUAGACUACAUUGGAAGGGGGCAAAUAGUUCACACUUGGACUGAAAGUCCAUUCACCUGAAAAUAUGGAAUGAUUUGGGGAUAAUGCUCCACUAGUGGGGAGGUUCUCGCAUAGCGACGAGAGAACUUUUUAAAACCGUGUUUUUAAAGAUGCAUCGAGUAAGUGACUUUCUUUUUUUUUUUUUGCACGGGUGUAGCGUCUGUCUGCUUCAAGCCCUGGCGGUAUGCGGUGAUGUUGUUUUAGUGUAUGGACUUUGUUGAACUAAGACUGACCUUGCUUGGAGGGAAAAAUAAAUAAAUAACAAUAGCAAAUGAUCUUGGCUUUGCCUCGUUCUGUGAGGGGAUUGGGAGAGGUAAAUAUCUGAAAAUGCAUGCCUUCAAUUGUCUCCAGCCUCCUGCAGAAAUUCUUCCUCCCCCACCCCCAACUUUGGUCGUUGUACAGGAAUCUGAGGGGUAGCUCGUCUUUUUAAGAGGAUGCUGCCAGGACACGAGGGCCUGAGCUAUAGGGAGAGGAUGAGGGGUGGUCUUCACGAGGUGUACAAAAUCAUGCGAGCAUUAGAUUGGGUGGAUGUGCGGGGUCUUUUGCCCAGAGUUGGGGGAUCCAGAAGCAGACAUGGGGUUUUAGGUGAUUGGGGGAAAACAUUUAACAGGAAUCUGAGGGGUAGCUUUUUCACACAAAAGGUGGUGGGUGUAAUGAACGAGCUGCUGGAGGAAGUUGAGGAACAUACCAUCGCGACA